UGCUAUUAAAUUCAACUGAUAAAAAAAUUAUUCGGAUUAUCUCUUGUUUCAACUCGCUGCAGAAGUCAUCAGCUGAUUGGCUGAGAGAUUGUUGUUUUUCAAACGGUGUGGCGGUGGACAAUAAGUUUGCAGACAAUAAACGAAGAAACUGAGAAAUUUUUUAUGAAAAACAUGCAACGGGUAGCACUUGGUCUUUGAAGGUUCAUUGCCAAGACUUCAGAGCUGUCUCACAUGCUCAUGAAUUAAAAAUCUUGCCCCAAAUCAUCUGUUUUCAUUGUAAAAAUGCUUGCUUUCAGUUUCGGCCUAUACGCUGUAAACAAAAUGCUGCAGCUGUCGAAAAUGGCUAUUUUAUAGCAGAAAACACAAGAACUGUACUCACAAGGGUACCGAGAUCGUUUGCUUUGAUGUUUGGUGAUAAAAAUUAAGUGAUCUUUUGACUGUCAUUUUGUGAUUAGUUAUUUAAACAAAGAAUAAGCAUGGAGCAGCAUCAACCGUUGUCUAGUUUGGCACUUCGGACACUUGCAACAAGCAAUACUAUUCAGAACUUGUCAUCUGGUACUAACAAAUUAGGCCGCGUCAACUCCCCGAUGACAAACUUGACAUUGAAUUUAAGUGAACUCAGCACAGGAAGAGUUACUCCAAGGAGGAAGCUGUCACUAUCAAGCCUUGACACACCAAACACAUCAAGCAACCCAACACCAGAGAGGUCCAUUUCUACUGAAUCAGGAUGUUUUGUUGAUUCACCUUCACCAAUAGACUCUCCAACACUUGACUUCAUGUGUGAGAGCAGAUUUUCUACAGGCAAGCCAGAAGUUCAAGCAGAGGCUGUUAGCAGAAGGAAGACAGUAGCUUUCAGAAGAUUCAACAGUAUGCCUGUACCUAUGAUGAGACUUAGUCCAGAGAAUAUGGAGAAUGAAGUACUGAUGGCCAACCAGUCAACACCACAGAGUAUCGACAUUGAGUCAGCUACCAGCACCUGCUGUGGUCUUCUAAACAUGAGCACAGACACGCCCUCAGACGCCAGUUCUGAACGCCAUUCAUCAUCAGAAAACAUGAGCGGUAGUAGUACAGGUUCCGUGGCCUCUAGAAGCGGGGAGAAGAGGGCGACAUUCUAUAUUGACGAGUGUUCACAAGACAGUGGUCUUGAGGCAGAUAGAGCUGACAGCAGAGAUUCCAAAGAUUCUAUGGAUGGGUUUCUCUUUGCUGCCCCGAAAGGUCUCCCAAUCAGACGCCAUUCGAAGAUGAUCAGUGAAGACACAUGCUCCCCAUUUAAAUAUUCCCCAGUGAAGAACUAUUCUCCAUCUAAACGUAGAAACUCCUGCCCAGUUGGUACUUUGGAUUUCUCUGGAGAGUUUGUAAAAAAGACAUUAUCAGAAGAUGGCGACAGUCCACUGAAGGUGUGCCGAUUGACUAGCGUUGACGAGGGUAUUGACGACGAUGGUUUUCUCGACGUUAUGAAUGCAGAUGCCGAGGUCGCCGCACUCACCAAGAAAACUACCCCUACCACUUCAGCGAUGUUGAGUUUGUUCAACGCCCCUGUUAUCAACAAGAAAUCACAUGUUACCGGAGACGAUGAUGAUACCCCAGUGAGUCGAAGAGUUUUGUGUAGAAGAAACAUCAGUAGAUCAAUGUCAAUGGUGGUUCGUCCUCACGGUACAUCUUACAAACGGGAUCAGCCGGAUGCCGGCGACUCUCCAAUGCAGUUCUCGUUUAAGCGCGAUCCUCCCCAGGAUGAGAGCACACCAAUACAGAAACAGAAGAGAGCCCGUCCCUCGUCAAUGAUCACCUCUCCUGUUUCUUCAGCUACAGUCAGACCUACACUUCACAGAUGUCACUCCGAGUCUGAAGCCAUGAUCAAAUCAGCCCUGAACAGACAGGCAGAUGAACCGGAUCUUGUGGGUGAUUGCUCAAAGACACAUUGCUUGCCUACGUAUGGUGGUAAACAUCAGGAUCUCAAGUAUAUAUCCAGCAGCACAUUGUCACAGGUGAUCCGAGGUGAAUAUGGUCAGGAGAUAGAGAAGGCAGUCAUCGUUGACUGCAGAUAUCCGUACGAGUUCCAGGGUGGUCAUAUACAGGGUGCUAAGAACCUGUACACAACUGAACACAUCAUCAGUGAGUUUAUGAAGAACCCUAUCAAAGCAGAUGAUCCCAACAAACGAGUCAUUCUCAUCUUUCACUGUGAGUUUUCCUCCGAGCGUGGGCCAAAAAUGUCUAGAUUCCUCCGAAAAAGCGAUCGUCAGGCAAACAAGGAUUGUUACCCCUACCUUUUCUAUCCAGAAAUCUACCUUCUUGAUGGUGGUUACAAAGUCUAUUUUGAAACUGAAAAGAAUCACUGUGAGCCACAGACGUACAAACCCAUGUUACACAAAGACCACACAGAGGAUCUCAGACACUUUAGAACAAAGUCCAAGUCAUGGGCCGGUGAACAGAGGAGUCGCCCAGGGUUCAGACCACUAAAGUUUUAACGCAUGUUGAACUUAGUCAUUAACAUUUAUCAUAAACUUUCACCGGUUCAUCUGCACAUUGUGACCAGAGAUCAAAGGCAGCUAUUCAUUGAUUCCGUCCAAUAACUUGGAAUCACAUCAAGAUGGAAAAAAAAAAAUCAUAAAAAAGUAUAAAAACAUUCUAAAUAUAGCAUCAAAUGCAAGAAAAAAAAGACAUUCAAAGGGACCUCUGUUCUUAAUGUAGAAUGCAAACUCUGUUUUUGUUUUUAUCAUUUUACUUUUGUUACGUUUUUAGAGAUAAACGUUGUUACUAUGGUGAUGUUACUGUUGUUACCAUGGCAACUGUUAAGUGCUCAUCCAGGUCUGUACAUUGUGUAAAUACGAGACAGGUCCGUGUAAAUAUACCAUCAUGACACACCACCUGUACAUUACCCUACCCACCACUGUAUAGUUGUACAGAGAUUAUUACAUCAGAGAAAACUAUUUAUAUUACAUAGAGGAUAGCGUACAUAAAGGAUAUAUGAUACAGACUUACCGUACUAGACACUAGCAAAACACAGAGAAAACUGUAGUAAAGAUAUUUGUGUGUAUGUGUUCAAAUGAAUUUAGAUGGCAAAAUUUCUGUCGCUUUCUGUCUGUCGUCUUUUCUUUUAACCUGUCUUCUAUCUGUUUUUCUUGUCUAAAUGCAUUGUGGUGUGAGUGUUUUUGUGUGUACAGUGUACGAAAUCUGACUCCUUUUUAUGUUCUUGAGUAUUUUAUUAAUGAAAAUGAAUUGUAGAUUUUUAAAAUCUAUGACUGAGUUUUGAAAUUUCAUUAUAUAUUUGUUGUUUUUUUUUGUUCAGUUUUGUUACAUUUAGCAAACUUGAUACAAAGAAUAAAGAAAUAAUAUUAAUGGAGUCAGUAUAACAGUAAUAUUACUUGCAAUUUUGUUAGGUACUUGUUUGCUUUGAAAAGUAUGAAGUUGAGUACACUUAUAAUUGCAAGAGUGCUAUAAUUAUUUAUUUAUUGUUGACGAUGUAUGUAUAUAUUGUAGUAUAGUCCAACUAAUUUAUGUGAAUCAACAAACAAGUCUUGGAAUACGGUCAUGCAAAUCCAGAUAAAAAUGUGUGCUACUCUGUACAUCAGAGGUUAAUAAGAUACAAGAUACAGUUAAAUAUGCUAAAAUCAAAAGUAAGAUAUAUUCAAAUUAAGAUUUGAUGAAAUUAUUACUAAGUGAAAGAUUUGAAGAAAAAAAAACACACCAUCUUUGAAGAUAUAUGUAUGAGCUGGAAGAUUUUUAAGAAACUUUUUAUGCAUUUUAUGAUUUUAAUGAAUUAAGUUUUUACUUUUUGGUGUCCUACUUUGGUCAUUUACUUUGCUUGUUUUUUUCGCAUCAAUGAAAAGUCCUGUUUUUAUUAAUUUUUAAACAUUUUUGAGGUGAAAGUUAGGGAGAUGAGAAAAGUUCCAAAUCACAUCACCGCCUCUAAUAAACCAAAGCUACUGAAGAGGACGAAAGAUAUGAUCAUUGUAUAAGAGUAUUGAAGGCAGUUGAUUUUACAGAUUUUAGUUCUUGUAACAUUGUGUUUUGUUAGUUACAUGUAUGUAUAUUGUCCUCUAUUUAUUCUUGAUAUUUAUUUAUUUGUCUUAGUUGUUGUAUGCAAAAUGUUCCUUUGUUGUCUCCCUAAGAACGUUGACUCGAUUAUUUUUCUUUUCCUUUAUUUUCUUUGGCAUGCUUUUUAUUGAGGAUAUCAUUGUUCCAAAAUUUCAAAAAGAAACUAGCAGAUAUUUGUGAAAAGAAUAAGUGAAACAUACAUUAAUACCAGUUUUACAUUAUGUUGUGUAGGUUUAAAUCAUGACUCAAUUAUUUUUGUUUCUUUCUGUUGUAGUAAAACUUUGAAAUGAAAAGAAAAGAAAUAAAAAAAGAAAUCAAAUGUGAGACAAGACCUAAUGUUAGAAUUUGUGACUGAAAAGCCUGCAAUCUUGUUGUCAGAGCAUAUAAUAUGAAGAAAUUCACUGAAUUUAUGAAAAAACAGUUCAUUACGGUUUAUUUUCGAUUUAUUACAUUUUGCUCUAUUUUUUUGAACAAAAUUUUGGUCAGUUUUGAACAGCUGGGUUUUCAGUAACAAGUUUUAUAUUUAGGAUUGUACAUGGAUAGAUUGGUUCCAGCAAGGGGAGAGAACUGUGUUAUAGCUACAGAAAUAUAUAACAAUAAACAUAACAUGAA